GAGGUGGCGGCAGCUCGGGUGGUGCAGGCAGAGGGUCGUGAGGUCCCUGUGAGCGGGGACCCUGACGGACCGGAGUCGGGGCGUGAGCGAGGGGGAGGGGUCAGAGGUCACGGGGAGUGUCGCGAGGGGCACUGGAAGGACUGGGGACGGGCGAGGCGUGCUGGCUGGAGUUGCGGGCACGCCGGGGACCAGGUGUUCCUCAGAUGCGGCUCCGCCCUGCUCGCUCGUGUGCGCGCCCGAGAGUCCCCUGCGUGCAGGGUGAGAUCCCCGGACCAGGUGCCACCGGCCGGGCGCUGAGCCUUGGGCAACGACAGCUCGCAGAGGCGGAGGAGGGGAAGGAGGCGGCCACACAGGAAACAAGGAUGGCCGGAGGCGCACCAGGAGACCACAUCGAGCAGAGAGCCGAGACCCUGCUGUGCCUGUCCCCUGAGGAGGUCGCUGGCCUCCAGGAAGGGAUCAAUUUCUUCCGAAACAAGAGCACCGGCCGGGACUACAUCUUCUACAAGGACAAGGGCUGCCUGAGGGCAUGCAAGAACCUGUGCAAGCACCAAGGGGGCCUGUUCAUCAGGGACAUCGAGGACCUGGAUGGCAGGUCCGUGAAAUGCACGAAGCACAACUGGAGGCUGGACGUGAGCACCAUGAGGUACAUCAACCCGCCGGGCAGCUUCUGCCAGGACGAGCUGGUGGUUGAAAUGGACGAAGACAACGGCCUCCUACUGCUCGAGCUGAACCCUCCCAACCCGUGGGACGCGGAGCCCAGGGUCCCCGAGGAGCUGGCCUUCGGGGAGGUCCAGGUGACUUACCUGACGCACGCCUGCAUGGACCUCAAGCUGGGAGACAAGCGGAUGGUGUUCGACCCCUGGCUGACGGGCCCCGCCUUCGCGCGCGGGUGGUGGCUGCUCCACGAGCCGCCGGCUGACUGGCUGGAGCGGCUGUGCCGGGCCGACCUGGUGUACAUCAGCCACAUGCACUCGGACCACCUGAGCUACCCGACCCUGAGGAAGCUGGCGGAGAGGAGACCCGACAUCCCCAUCUACGUGGGCAACACGGAGCGGCCGGUGUUUUGGCACCUGCCCCAGAGCGGCGUGCAGCUGACCAACAUCAACGUGGUGCCGUUCGGGACCUGGCAGCAGGUAGACAAGAACCUUCGGUUCAUGAUCCUGAUGGACGGCGUCCACCCCGAGAUGGACACCUGCAUCAUCGUGGAGUACAAAGGGCACAAAAUACUCAACACGGUGGACUGCACCAGGCCCAACGGGGGCAGGCUGCCCACGAAGGUCGCUCUGAUGAUGAGUGAUUUCGCUGGAGGAGCGUCGGGCUUUCCCAUGACUUUCAGCGGCGGAAAGUUCACUGAGGAGUGGAAAGCCCAGUUCAUCCGAGCGGAGCGGAGAAAGCUGCUGCACUACAAGGCGCGGCUGGUGCGGGAGCUGCAGCCCCGGAUUUUCUGCCCCUUUGCUGGGUACUUCGUGGAAGCGCACCCAUCGGACAGGUACAUUAAGGACACGAACACCAAAAACGACCCGCGCGAACUCAACGACCUCAUCCAGAAAAGCUCCGAAGUGGUGACGUGGACGCCCCGCCCGGGAGCCACGCUGGACCUGGGCCGAAUGCUGAAGGACCCGACAGACAGUGAGUGCAUCACAGAGCCUCCAGGGGGCGCCAAAGUUUACAAGGACACCUGGGACUUCAGGCCCUACCUGGAGAUCCUGAAUGCUGCCGUGGGAGACUCCGUGUUCCAGCACCCCGCCUGGAUCAAGGAGUACUUCACGUGGGCUGGAUUCAAGGAUUACAACCUGGUGGUCCGGAUGGUCGAGACGGACGAGGACUUCAGCCCCCUCCCGGGCGGGUACGACUACUUGGUCGACUUCCUGGACUUGUCCUUUCCCAAAGAGAGACCGAGCCGGGAGCACCCCUAUGAGGAGAUCCGGAGCCGGGUGGACGUCAUGCGGCACGUGGUGAAGAACGGCCUGCUGUGGGACGACCUGUACAUAGGGUUUCAGACGCGGCUGCGGAGGGAUCCGGACAUAUACCACCACCUGUUCUGGAACCAUUUUCAGAUAAAGCUGCCCCUCACGCCCCCCAACUGGCAGUCCUUCCUGACGCGCUGUGAGGGGCUCGGACCCGAGCCGUCCCCGGCCAGGCCCCCCACAGGCCUGGGGAGCACUGCCGCCGGCGCCGCGUCGGACUCCCUGGGGCACCUACACUGAGGAGCGGGGCGCCCGCCGGGAAGCCUGCCCCGGGGGGAGGAGAGGGGCCAACGUGACGCAGAUGCCAUGAGUAGUGACGACACCCAGCCGCGUCGGCGGGCCCGCAGCCACUGGAAACCCAGCGCAGGAAUCAGCACCGGCAGCCAGCGGGUGCGGACCGAGACCCUGACCACGUGAACAGAAUCGGCCACGAAACCCGGAGGGCAAGGCAGCGACGACAGAGAGGGACGGAGACACCCCCCCACCUGCACUUCCACGGGCCCCCACCCCCGCCCCCAGGGCGGCCACCCCGCCACCCCGCCGGCGCUGCGGCUUCAUGCACCAACCUGCCACCCUGUCGUCCCACACCGUGAUCGGGAAGAUCACACAGUGUGACCGCAGACGGGGACUCCUCGACUCACACCUUCGUGUCCGUGUUUAUCGUCCAUUCACUCCCCAGAUGGCUGCUGCCUCCUCUGCCCAGCGGACUCCGAACUUCCGGGAAGCAGAUGCCCUUGCCCUCGUGUCCCGGGGCACGCGCGUCUGCGUCCACGCUGCCCCCGCAGAAGACAGGACAAGCGAACGCGGUCCCCCGCGGUCAGUGGGACUUGCGUCUGAGCUCGGGUCCGCAUCCUCACCGGCGGAACUGAGGGCCUAAGUCGGACAGUCUUCCAGCUGGGAAGCUCCCUGCUGAGCCCAGCGUGCGGCGCCGGGCUGGGCCGCCGCCAGGCCACAGGGGUGCCGGGGGCGUCCCCGCAGGACGCGAUGGCAAGGCAGAUGUGGGCUGGGGACACCGGGGAGAGAGAGGUUCCGUCAGACCUCUGAGAGGCUCAGGGGGUAUUUCAGGACAGUUACGGUGUUGAGAGAGUGGCUUGAAGAGUGGGUGAAGUCUGUGAUACGCUGGCGUGGAGGGGAGGGGUGGGGGGAAGAAUAUUUCAGGCAGACAGAGCGGGUGAGGGGACCACAGUCACAGUCCCCGGUGGGUUCUCGCUGACCUUGCAGCGUCACGGACUAUGUAAUAUGAACUAAAGAUUAGAAACACCCCUGGCUGGUGUGGCUCAGUGGACUGAGCACCAGUCUUCGAACCAAAGGGUCAGAGGUUUGAUCCCCAGUCAGGGCACAGGCCUGGGUUGUGGGCCAGGUCCCCAGUAGGGGGUGCACAAGAGGCAGCCACACAGUGCUGUUUCUCUCCUUCUCUUUCUCCCUCCUUUCCCCUCUCUCUAAAAAUAAAUAAAUAAACAUUUUGUAAAAAGAAUAACGAAAAUUUGCCCCAAGGCAAUAGAAAAAUGAAAAGUGCUAAAAUGAGACUCCUCCUGCUCUUCACUAGUAACAUCUCUCACUCACGGGAAGGCUCGGGAAUGCACGGGUCGCGUCUUAGACUCAAGAAGCUCCGAGCAGUGGUUUCCAGCCGGCGUGCUGCCCGAGUGUGCACAACGUGUGGUUCCGCCUCUCCAGUCAGGGCCACCGACCUCUGCUCCCUGACACUGUCACACACACACACACACAAACUCACACACACACACAGGUUUUCUGAUUAUGUGUAUCACCUCCUUGAUUCUGAAGCCACAAGAACCCCACAAUGAAAUGUAUCUCCCUCCAUCUCUGACCUCCUGCUCUGUGACAGAAAUCUCGACUAUUUACUCAUUAACACCAAUGACGUCUGAUUAUGGGUCACCUUACACAUUAUUGCAACAAAAAUGCGGGAUGUUCGGGAGUUGCAGUUUGUGAUUGACAGAACAUAGUAAAAUACUCAACUUUCCUGAAAGAACGAA